ACUGAAUAAUAUAAAGUGAAAUGAAAGCACCUAGUGCAGUUAUAGUGUUCAUAGUAUGUCUGUCGGCGGCCACACCACUACUGGCCUCCAGUGUCGUCGAAGACGUUGUCGGCAAACUGACGGUCGGAUACCAGGGAUGGUUUGGCGCCAAAGGGGAUAAAUCGCCGCGCGAUGCUUGGAUCCAUUGGGUCGACCACAGCGACCACCCCUACAAAGACCACCAAAAGUUUGACAUUUGGCCAGACGUUAGAGAAUACACGCAUACUUACCAAACGGGUUACGCUAACCUCGGUAACGGACAACCGGCCACAUUGUUCUCGUCUUACGACAACCAAACUGUGGACACACACUUCAAAUGGAUGCAUGAGAACAACAUCGAUACGGCGGCGCUUCAACGGUUUGGGAGUCACGUAAGGGGUGAUCCCGUGUACACGAAAUGGCUCAACGAUAUCGCCGACAACGUGAGGACGGGGGCCGAGGCUCACGACCGCAAGUUUUACCUGAUGUGGGAUAUCAGUGGUUGGAAUAACUUCGCCACAGAACUCAUCGAGGACUACGACAACAACGUUAAGCGCCUGGUGUCCAGUAAGGCCUACGCCCACCAAAACGGCAAACCCGUGGUCUGCAUCUGGGGCUUCGGGUUCACAGGUAACCCACAGGACACGAAAGGCGCCAUUGCCCUCAUCGCGCAGCUCAAGCAACGGGGUCUGUAUGUGGCGGGCGGUGUAGAGACUCAAUGGCGCACCGACACCACCGCCUGGAAGGACGUCUUCACGAAGCUUGAUAUGUUGCAGCCCUGGGCUGUCGGCCGCUUUCAUGGGGUCAAAGGGGCCGAGGAUUAUAAGAAGACAUUGGAAGCUGAUUACAAUGCACUCAAACAGCUUGACAUCGACUAUCAGCCAGUUCUAUUUGCGGGCUUCACGUGGGCUAAUUGGCAACCUAAGGCUGUACGCAAUCAGAUCCCGCGUGAGCAUGGUGACUUUAUGUGGCGUCAGUUCGUGAACGUGCGAGAGCUGGACAUCCCGUCGUGUUAUGUGGCGAUGUUUGACGAGUACGACGAGGGGACGGCCAUCGCAAAGGCGGCCGAGAAUAAGUCAAUGGCGCCGACAGACCAGUGGUUCCUGACGAUGGACGCCGACGGGGUGGCCGUCAGCGCCGACUUCUACCUCCGACUCGCCGGCGAUGGCAACCGAAUGAUGCAAAAGCAGAUACCGUUGACUCAAACGCAUCCCACAAAACACUACCCCCGCCGCACACCACUACUGGCCUCCAGUGCCGUCGGCGACGUUGUCGGCAAACUGACGGUCGGAUACCAGGGAUGGUUCAGUGCUAAAGGGGAUAACUCACCGCAUAAUUCAUGGAUCCAUUGGGCAAAUGGUAGUGACCAUCCCUGCAAAGAUCACUCUAAGGUUGACGUCUAUCCCGACACUCGGGAAUACACGCAUACCUACCAAACGGGUUACGCGAACCUCGGUAAUGGACAGCCGGCUAAGUUGUUCUCGUCGUGGGAUAAGCAGACUGUGGACACACACUUCAAAUGGAUGAAAGAGGAGGCGGCCACACCACUACUGGCCUCCAGUGCCGUCGGCGACGUUAUCGGCAAACUGACGGUCGGAUACCAGGGAUGGUUCAGUGCUAAAGGGGAUAACUCACCGCAUAAUUCAUGGAUCCAUUGGGCACAGGGUAGUGACCAUCCCUGCAAAGAUCACUCUAAGGUUGACGUCUAUCCCGACACUCGGGAAUACACGCAUACCUACCAAACGGGUUACGCGAACCUCGGUAAUGGACAGCCGGCUAAGUUGUUCUCUUCGUGGGAUAACCAGACUGUGGACACACACUUCAAAUGGAUGAAAGAGGUGAAUAUCCUGAACAACAUCAAUACGGCAGCCCUCCAGCGGUUCGCGAGUAGCGUUAAGCGCGACCCAAUCGCCCAGAAAAGUCUAAACGGUGUGGCCGACAACGUGAGGGCCGCGGCCGAGGCUCACGGACCCAAGUUUUACGUGAUGUGGGAUAUCAGCGGUUGGACUAACUUUGCCACCGAACUUAUCGAGGACUACGACACCAACGUUAAGCGCCUGACCACCAGUAAGGCCUACGCUCACCAGAACGGCAAACCCGUGGUCUGCAUCUGGGGCUUAGGGGUCAGCGGUCGGCCUAAUAACACCGCGGGAGCCAUCGCCCUCAUCGCGCACCUUAAGAAAGAGGGUCUGUAUGUGGCGGGCGGUGUGGCCAAGCAGUGGCGCACCGACACCACCGCCUGGAAGGACGUCUACACGAAGCUCGAUCUGUUGCAGCCCUGGACGGUCGGCAGCUUCGGGAACGUCAAGGGGGCCGAGGAUUACAAGACGACAUUGGAGGCCGACCUCACUCUACUGAAGCAGCAUAACAUUGACUAUCAGCCGGUUCUAUUUGCUGGCUUCACGUGGGCCAACUGGCAACCAAAGGCCGUACGCAAUCAGAUCCCACGUGUGCAUGGUGACUUUAUGUGGCGUCAAUUCGUGAACGUGCGAGAGCUGGACAUCCCGUCGUGUUAUGUGGCGAUGUUUGACGAGUACGACGAGGGGACGGCCAUCGCAAAGGCGGCCGAGAAUAAGUCAAUGAUUCCGACAGACCAGUGGUUCCUGACGAUGGACGCCGACGGGGUGGCCGUCAGCGCCGACUUCUACCUCCGACUCGCCGGCGAUGGCAACCGAAUGAUGCAAAAGCAGAUACCGUUGACUCAAACGCAUCCCACAAAACACUACCCGUAAUGCCAUAUAUAUGUCAUUUAAAACGGU